UCUCUUUCUUUCUCCCCUUCUCUGAAAUCCAGCAGCCGUCUUUCCUCCUUUCCCCCCUCUAACCCCUUCUUCCCAGCUCGAUUAAGAUUACUUCUUUUUUUCUUUUAAAUUUCAAAGCCCACCAAAAUUUCAGUCUUUAUUUUUACUGGGUUAAGAAAAAGCAACAAUUUUGGUGAUGGAUUCAGAUCAGGGGAAGCUAUUUAUAGGAGGGAUUUCAUGGGAAACAUCAGAGGAGAAAUUGAAGGACUAUUUUGGCAAAUACGGUGACGUAUUGCAGACUGUAGUGAUGCGGGAUAAAGUUUCUGGCAAGCCCAGAGGAUUUGGGUUUGUGGUUUUUGCAGAUCCCAAUGUUCUUGAUGGGGUUCUUCAAGAUAGGCAUGUCAUUGAUGGCCGCACUGUUGAGGCUAAGAGAGCUUUAUCAAGAGAGGAACAACAGAUCUCUAAAGUUGGAAACGCUAAUACUGGGAGGAGCUUUGGUGGUGGUGGUGGUGGAAAUACUAGGACAAAGAAGAUAUUUGUUGGAGGAUUACCUCCGACUUUAACUGAUGAGGCUUUUCGUCAGUAUUUUGAAUCUUAUGGUGAUGUUACUGAUGUGGUAAUCAUGUUUGACCAGCAAACGAACCGACCCCGUGGAUUUGGAUUUAUUUCUUUUGACUCUGAGGAAGCUGUUGAUAGGGUCUUGCACAAGACAUUUCAUGAUUUAAAUGGUAAGCAAGUGGAAGUGAAGCGCGCUCUUCCAAAGGAUGCUAAUCCUGGUGGGAGUGGCCGUGCCAUGGGUGGCGGUGGUGGAGGUUACCAGGGAUAUGGUGCAUCCGGUGGUAAUUCAAAUUCUUAUGAGAGCCGAAUGGAUUCCAACAGGUACAUGCAAUCUCAAAACACAGGAGGGGGAUAUCCACCUUACGGAUCUUCUGGAUAUAAUACUACUGGUUAUGGAUAUGGUCCUACCAAUAAUGGUAUGGGUUAUGGAGGCUAUGGAAAUUUUGGAGGUGCUAAUCCUGGAUAUGGUGGCCCCGCUGCUGCUGCUGCUUAUGGAAACCCAAAUGUGCCUAAUGCUGGUUAUGGAAGUGGUCCACCAGGUGCACCAAGGAACACGUGGAACUCUCAGGGAUCCUCUGGAUAUGGAAAUGUAGGCUAUGGAAAUGCUCCCUGGGGUGCUUCUAACACUAGUGGUGGUGGCCUAGGUGGUGCUGGAGCUGCUGCUGGACAUUCUCCCAGUGGAGCUGCGGGAUAUGGAAAUCAAGGUUACGGUUAUGGAGGAUAUGGUACAAAUGAUGGGGCUUAUGGUAACCCGGCUACUUAUGGUGGUGGCGGGCGUGCAGGGGGUACUCCAAAUAGUAAUUCCUCAGCUGGAAAUGGUGCUGGAGAUCUACAAGCUGGUGCUGGGGGUUAUAUGGGAGGUGGCUAUGGUGAUACAUCUGGGAAUGCUGGGUAUGCAGGAUGGAGGUCGGACCCCUCACAAGCUUCUGGCAAUUAUGGAGGCCAAGCUGGGUAUGGUGGAGGCUAUGGUGGUGCACCAACUCGGCAAGCUCAGCAGCAGUAACUGUAACCCUUGAUGGAGACUUAAACUGCGUCAUAUAUUGGAAUCUAUACACACAAUGCUUUCAGAUUGGUGCAGGUUGGCUGGCUGUUGCAAGAUUUUACCAAUCAACCUAGGACUGGUUGGAUUGCUUGUAUCUGAGUAGCUUGCUGUUACCUAUUUUGCUAGUUUAUAAUAAGUAGUAUUUGCGAGGAGUAGAGUUACAUCUUCUUUAAUUAUCUGCUCUCAAAUGUAGUUUUAAUUUUGGUGUGCUUAUAGCUAUGGUCACUAGCUGAUCUGGAGUUUUUGUCUAUUUGUAGUGUUUAACAUAUAGUAGCUUUGUUUAAGUUUGUGUUAAUUGCGGUGAGUAUUAUGGUAAUGGUUAUUUAGUUAAAUUUUAAGUUUGUCCUUUAUCUGGAUAUAGAUGAGCCAGAAAUUUAUGUCAUUGCCAUCCGUGAUGGUAGUAGUUUCUCAUUACUUAGCUCUUCUACGUUGUUUGGUGACCAGAGUUCUUUGGUAUGAUGCAAUAGGAACAAUGAGAUUAGUUAAGCUUCUUUAGACUGCAGCUGUAGCCGGUUUGGGUAGAUCAAUUCCUAAUGGAUAGCGAUAAUCUUAGCGGUAGCUUGAUUUUGAGAAUGGCAUAAUCAUUUCCUCCUGUAUUUGCCCUUGUGUUGUACAGGAGGAGAGGCUCAAGUCAUAAACUGGGUGAAUUGAAGUUCCUUCACAGGGGCUAAUCACAACUUUUUGCUGAGUGUUUGGUGUGGGAUGUUACAGGAAAAUGAAGUUUGGCUGGGUUGAUUUGGUGCUUUACCCUGAAAUUGUCAUGUUGAAGCAGGCCAUGCUGCUGUUAAAGAAUUUGGAUGUCUCGAUCUUCAUACAAUUUGAGAUGGGUGGAAGAUUCAUUACCUGACAACAUGUGGUAUGUUGUCUAAUGCAGAUGGAGAAAUCAUCACCACUUAAUAUACUGGUGACAUAGUAGUUGUAGGCUCUAUGGCAUUAUCAUGGCUAGCAGAAGUUGAAUGAUUAGUUACAAUAGCAACAAUUUUGGUCUGCUGUCUAAGAAAAGUUUUUUAUGGUAAUAAAUGAUUGAAUAUUUUGGAUUUAUAUAGGUGAUUUGACUCUCAUUAAUCUUGAUAAAAGCCUGGAGCUUGGCAACUUGACUGUU